UGGGUCAACAUCUCGCUCGGCCAGGAUGAACACAGCCAGAAAAUGGCGGAUAUUGAGGAGUUACGGGUAGGAGAAAGUGUUAUGAUAGCUGGCCGCUGCUUUGCACUUGUCGGAGUUUAAAAAGUUUUUUGCUAGGCUUUAGAUGUUAUCGUUUUAUUUCUUAAAAAAAAAACUAAACAGUCGGUUCUUUUCGUUUUGUAGUCAAAAGAGCGUCGAUAUGUUUUUCCCAGUCGUAGGCCAGAGAGGCGACACUCUGAAGCCCGGACCUGUUCUAAACUGCUAGCACUAGCCAUCUAGCCUGCUAGCUACCAGCUGCUUCGCUAGCUAUCAAGGUGCUUGGGCUUCAGCUACCUGUCUUUAUCAGUCUGCGUUUGGGAUAUUAGUGCUCACUUCUCAUUAUGCAUUGAGUGGGAAAAUAUGAUAUCAAGUUUCCGCGUCUCGGAGCUCCAGGUACUGCUAGGUUUUGCCGGAAGGAACAAGAGUGGUCGCAAGCAUGAACUCCUGCUGAGGGCUUUGCAUUUGCUAAAGAGUGACUGUAGCCCUGCCGUGCAGCUCAGAAUCAAGGACCUGUAUCGCCGGAGAUACCCGAGGACAUUAGACAGUCUUGCAGAAUUGUCUGCUCUAAAGUCAAGCAUAAAUUCGUACCUACAGUCUGAAGAGAGAUCUACAGUUGUGAGUCCGGACCUUUCUCUUGGUGCUAGUCCGUCAGACUCAGCUCAACAGCACGUGGUGCCCAUUAAACCAGCAGUGUUUCAUGACUCAAAGCCCAGGAUGAACAUGCAGCAGCCGACACCGCUCAUGCCUCCCGUCCACCCGGACGUCCAGAUGAAGUCCCUUCCAUUUUACGACGUGUUGGACGUUUUGAUCAAACCAUCAAGUUUAGGAGCCAGUACAGUUCAGAGAUUUCAUCAAGAAAAAUACUUUAUUUUUGCCUUGACUCCACAGCAAGUGCGUGAAGUUUGCAUUUCACGGGAUUUUCUUCCUGGUGGCAGAAGAGAUUAUAUGGUUCAAAUACAACUCCGAUUCUGCCUUUCAGAGACUAGCUGCCCUCAAGAGGACAACUAUCCCAAUAGUCUUUGCAUCAAAGUCAAUGGGAAGCUCUUUCCUCUCCCAGGCUAUGCACCGCCUCCUAAGAAUGGUGUAGAGCAGAAGAGACCAGGCAGACCUUUGAACAUCACCUCUCUCGUCAGAUUAUCAUCUGCCGUCCCCAAUCAAAUAUCAGUCACAUGGGCACCUGAAAUUGGAAAGACAUACUCCAUGUCUGUGUAUUUGGUACGGCAGCUGACCUCACCGUUGUUACUACAGAGAUUAAGAAUGAAGGGAAUCAGAAACCCUGACCACUCAAGAGCACUCAUAAAAGAAAAGCUCACAGCAGACCCCGACAGUGAAAUAGCCACAACCAGCUUGCGAGUCUCACUCAUGUGCCCACUUGGAAAAAUGCGGCUAACAGUGCCCUGUCGAGCAGUGACCUGCUCUCAUCUCCAGUGUUUCGAUGCUGCACUAUACCUGCAAAUGAAUGAGAAGAAGCCCACCUGGAUCUGCCCUGUGUGUGACAAGAAAGCUGCAUAUGAGAGUCUGAUCAUAGAUGGGCUCUUUAUGGAAAUAUUAAAUGACUGCACAGAUGUGGACGAAAUCAAGUUCCAAGAAGACGGGACCUGGUGCCCAAUGAGACCAAAGAAGGAGACGUUGAAAGUGUCAUCUCCAUGUUUACCCAAAAUUGAGUGCGCUGCCCCUGUGCGUCCGAGCGCGGUUGUUUCUCACUCAGAGCCCAGCAGUACGAAAAAAGCUGAUGUGAUUGACCUGACACUUGAAAGCUCAUCAGAUGAAGAAGCAGAGCCAGACCCUCCCCUGAAAAAGCGCUGUGUCUACAUGUCCAAACCCGAGGAGGUGCAUAGCAGCAAAGGGGUUUUGACCUAUCAGCCAUCAACGGUUCGGGUGCCAAAUGUCCAGCCGCUGGACACUUCGUACUUGACUUCUUCCAUUGCAGACUAUGCAGUUCCAUUCCACCAUUCAACACUGUCCACGAUUCCCACCGAUAUGCAAGGUCUUGACUUAUUUUCGUUACUUCAAGCAGAUUCUCAGCAUUACCGGACCCCUGUGUUCCUGGAGAAUCUGUCCAGCAGCAUUCAGAGUGGCACCAGCAGCUCCAGUCUCAUGGCCUCAUCUGUCCAAUACGAUUCAACUUCACAUCGAGGUAGCUCCAGCCAUGAAACGGGUGUCAUCACCGGAGGAUCCUCAACUCUUUCAGACAUUAUCUCACUAGAUUGAGUCAUGGUUUCAGUCUCCCCAAUCAUCAAACUGCUACGGACCGUGCUUCUGAAAAACUGAUAUAUCUGACUUUAAUUGCAAUUUAAUAUUAUUUACUAAUAUGGUAGCUGAUAUGCACAUGGAUAAUAAGGUUGAUUGCAUCUAGUUGUUUUCAGAAACCCAGGAGUGUGUCUCUCAAUUUCUGAGGAAUUAAUUUUAACAGUGACUGAUACCCAUUGCCUUCUUGCCUGGGAGAACUCAACAAACAAUACAUUGAGCAGAGCGACUUGGAACUUUAGGCACAUUGGGACUAGUUUGUGGACCGGCGUGUAUUUGUAUGUGAACUUUUUCCUCUUUUUACUAUUUAAACCACAUGUUUUUUGAAUAAUCACCUCAAAACCUCAACGAUGACCUUUAUAUUUGAAAAAAAUCAGGAGUGUACAUAAUUUGUUUUGUAUUGAGUGGUAUAACAUGCAAAUCAGUAUCUGUCUAAAUGAACCUGUUUUACUGCAUAAUGUAUGGGUCACAAUUUCAUGCUGCAGUUAGUAGCUGCAUUUUUAGAGUCAUUUAUUUUGGGCCGUUCAGGUUGGUGGAGACAUAAUCAAGCCAUGAUGCAACGACAUCUUUUAUAUGUUUUUUUUUUUUUUUUUUUUUUUUUCUUGGGUCCUGAGUUUUGUGAAACUUCUGUACUGUUUUGCUGUUUUGUAUCACUUCAACAUUUGCAUUUUUAAAAAGGUGCUGCAGACGCUGGUUUCACAGCAAUGCUUAGACCUGAAAGUCAAAAUAGUCAAAACAGGCUCAUAGCCCACAGGGGGUACACUGUGAAACAGGUUUCCUGGUUGGGUUAAACUCCAACAUGACGCUUGCCACCAAAUUGCUAAUUGUUAUCCACCUUUAUGCUGUUGAUGUGGGUUUUCUGAAUUCAGCUUUCAUUUAGUUGGAAUUUGGGCUUGUUCUGAGGUGUACCCCAACAUAUGAAGGACUAACAGCCCAGGUCUCAAUAAAUACAGCAAUUUGUGGCACCAGCUCCAAUGUAAUAGCUGGUCGUGGUUUCGUCUACCAUUUUUAAUUCACUUGGAUUUAACGUACAAUUCACUUUAUAUAAUGCCUACAUGCUGUCGCUCUCGUAGAGAAUAACAACAAUGUUGACAGAUCCUAUGUCUUCUUACAGAUUAAAUUAUGUAUACUUUCAAAUAUGUAAUAAAGCACAUGAUCACUUUUUUAGGGCACUGCAUUGUAGCUUGACCAAAAUGCUGAACUUUAGUCAAACAAGCGAUAGUGUGCCAAUCUGAACACUAAGGGGGCAGAUUUUUCACAAUGUGUUAAUUUUAUGAAAAUUCUUUUACAUAAUUAAUUUAAAUGAUUCGCUAGGUCAGGUGUAGCUUUAAAAGAAUUGAAGCACACUGAAAUUUGCUUGUAUGUGCUGUAGAUGUGGAUGUCCACCAAAACAUCAGCAGUAACAUUUCACUUAAAAAAAAUUGAAUCACCAAACUGUAAAAUUUAAUAGAAACUGUACAAUAAGCACAACUGUAGCAAGUUAUUUGCCUAGUUGUUUAUAUAUGUUUAAGAUGCUCCCCAUUCAAAUGCCAGGAAGCUCUUGAGUACAAAGCAGUUCCACCUUUGCUAUGUAAACCUUCUGAUUUUCCAACAUAAUCCUUAGUGUCCAAGAUUUUGAAUCUAAGCCAGUGGUAAUAUUAGGGGAAUUGUGCCACCUGAUUUACAAGUCUGAACAAAAAAAAUCUGGUUUUAGAAUGUAAGAUGAUACAAUGUUUGGAAAGCAUUAAAUACCUAUUGGUUUGAAAAUGUGAAAAUAUUCAGGAUGUUCUUUUAAUAGCAAUUCAUAGAUAUCUGAAUUAAUCUCAUUCUAAAGUAUAUUAAUGUCCAAAACUGACUAAAUUCUACCCUAUAAGCCAUAUAUUAUUUUAUUUAAUUUGAAGCAUUUGAGGGUUUAGCUCUGCAAUCCACAGGCUUCAGCCCCGUUUUAUGUAACAACAUUUUUAUAUCUAGUAAACUUUUGUUCAUUUUUACAAGAUUUGCGCCUUUGUAACUAAUUAAAUGACUGCUUAUAUGGUUAUUGUAUUAGAGAUUAUAGUAACUGAUAUUAGUACUUAAGUCUUGUAAGUCUUGGAUGGUGUGGAUGAAGAAACAGAUGGGUGCAAGUCCAUAUAGUUAUUUAUGAUAUUAUGUACUGAUUUACAAUGAUUGUACUCCAAAUGCUUAUUUUUGACUCAAAUUGUGCCAUUUAAACAUAUGCAGCAAAAGGCAGUAAAUGAUGUCUAUUAUGUCUAUCUGAA